GCAGCUUCCCAAUGCUAUUUCCCAACAGAGAGCCCUAAGCCAUCCCCCUCCCAAGUGCUCCUCAUGUUUCUAUAGUAAUUUCCAGCCAAUGAUCAGUAGGUGUCCACAUCCCAGCUUCCUCACCUCAGCACCAAUCAGCCACACGCAGCGACAGGAGACACGGACCGAGCUAACACUCGGCUGCGACACAAUACACCCCGGACCAAGAGGAAACACCUAACCUUCCGUAUUUCACCUUCCGCUCCGAGGUACAUUGCUAGCCGCUUUUAAAACCCCCUUUCGUCCCACUUCUCUUCUUUUUCUACUUUUCUUUAAAUAGAAGUCAGUAAAAUGCGCCCUUUGUUUUGAACGCGAACUGUGUAUCUUCAAUCUUGCGUUAUUUUCCCCCCAUCUCGCCGUGCAGUAAUGCGUUGCUAUAUAUUGGCAGACUGGUAGCGUCUGGAAUCUCUUCUCAUCGGGAACCUGUGCUGGAGAAGAUAAACCAGGAUGGUAACGUAUUGUUUGUAACCAGCUUGAGCUUGACGAAGGCGAUUCAAACCCCAGACUUUCUUGUGAAACCUCGAGACAGUAACAGCCAUGUCUAACAUAAACAAUGCUCUUUGUAUUGAGAAUGGACAGAAUGCUGAUGUAUCUCUGUUACAAAAGGAUAAUCUUCAGGAAAGUGGAUUAAGCCAGCUUUUGGAUUAUAAUGCAGAAAUGGAAAGGUACAGGUCUUUUGCAAACUUUUAUAAAACGAAUGGGGCAUUUCCACAGACUGCAAAGAUUGCUCGCAUAACGACGCCAAUUUUUCCCAGUGCCAGAAUUGGCGUGUCCCCUUGGAACUGUGAUAACGCUAUGCUCUGGGGAAGGAAAUCAGCAGCAAUAAACCCUAAUAGGACCAGCAUGCAUAGAAAUGACUCCCAGAGGCCGGGAAAGCCUGGCGUGCCGCCAGAGACGUUGCAAAUGGCAAAUAAUAAUUUCCUCACUACCUUAUCCCCCGAACACUGCAGACCUUUAGCUGGAGAAUGCAUGAACAAGCUGAAAUGCGGCGCUGCUGAAGCAGAGAUAAUGAAUCUCCCAGAACGCGUUGGAACUUUUUCCGCUAUUCCGGCUUUAGGGGGCAUCUCAUUACCUCCCGGGGUCAUCGUCAUGACAGCCCUUCACUCCCCCGCAGCCUCGGCAGCCGUUACAGACAGUGCGUUUCAAAUUGCCAAUCUGGCAGACUGCCCGCAGAAUAAUUCCUCGGCGUCCAGCGGAAACCCUGCGAAGAAGAAGAGGAAAAGGUGUGGGGUCUGCGCGCCUUGCAGGAGGCUCAUCAACUGCGGGGUGUGUAGCAGUUGUCGGAACCGCAAAACCGGCCACCAGAUCUGCAAAUUUAGGAAAUGCGAGGAGUUGAAGAAAAAACCAGGCACGCCGCUCGAGAGGACGCCGGUUACGAGUGGCGAAGCGUUCCGGUGGUUCUUCUAGAGCCGAGACCACGACAGCAUCAUGCAGCCUGAAGCCAGGUAACACGCUGACUCACCGCAGAAAGCACUUGUGGGGCUCGUAGACCCAAAACCCAGCUUUGGAGGGGAGAAAAAAAAAUUAAAGAAAACAUUAUGGUGUUGGUUUAACUCUGUAAUUUCCUUUCCUGUGUAAUAAUGUACCUUUUGACAGUAUCAUAAUGUAUAUUUUUGGUGUCUAUGAAUGUGCUUCAGUGUUGUGACUGUACAAAUAACAGUCAUUCUUAUGUAAAGGACUCAAAAGACAAUCAUAACAAAUAAAAUAAAUAAAAAAGGCCACAAGGAUUAAUAUCGA